CGGGACCAGCACAGCGAGAGCUGGGCUGCAGGUGAGGAGUCAGCAAUGCUGCCAUGAGGUUCCUGCGAACGGCGCAGCAGAGCUACAGCUGCAGAGCUAAAAUGGAAUAAAUGUCAGCCCCCAGGGAGAAAGCGAUCCUUUCGGCCAUCAUGUGGGAAAGGAGACGGUGAAAGGACAGAACACGGGGCAGGUUUCAGACCUGAGAAAGCGGAGUGAGCUGAUCGCGGUACCCUGAGAUUGCAGCCGGUGGGCAGAGCCAGGCAGUAACCUCCCUGCAGCCAGCAAGUCUGCGCUGAGAGGCUGCCAGAAACGCACACUCAGCGUCACACGCAGCACCUACCGAUACUGGUAGAGACAAGGCGGGGAUUCGAGCUGCCGCUCUACUGAUCCCGUACCAGGUCUGACUCAGGACAAAGGAGCAAAAGCCUGAAAGGACGUUUUGGGGGGGGCUUUAAGUGCAUUGUCUGCUGGACCGGAAAGAUGAUGGAGAGCACGGGAGGGCCGUAUCUGAACAUCGCUGCUGUGACAUCCCCUGUGGGAAUAGCUCGUUUGCUGCAGAUGACGUUUGGAUGCACCACGUUCAGCCUGGUAGCCCACCGGGGGGGAUUCAGCGCAGCAUACGGCACUUUCUGCAUGUUUGUCUGGACCUUCUGUUUCGCCAUCACUGUCUUCAUCAUCACCUGCGAAUUUACACAUCUGCACAGCUGCCUGAGCAUUUCCUGGGGGAACUUCACUGCCGCUUUUGCCAUGCUCGCCACGCUCAUGUCCGUCACGGCCGCGGUGAUCUACCCGCUCUACUUCGUCCAGCUUGGCUGUUACCCCAUCGGCUGUGAGGUGAGAGACUUUCGCAUCGCAGCCAGUGUCUUCGCAGGCCUCCUGUUCAUUGCGUACGCCGCCGAGGUGUUCUUAACCAGGGCAAAACCCGGACAAGUCACCAGCUACAUGGCCACCGUCUCCGGGCUCCUGAAAAUCGUGCAGGCCUUCGUGGCCUGCAUCAUCUUCGGGGCGCUGGUGAACGACAGCCAGCAUGACAAAUACGUGGCGACGCAGUGGUGUGUGGCCGUCUACAGCUUUUGCUUUGUGGUGACAGUGGUGGUGGUGGCCUUCAGCGUCACAGGUAAGACCGCCUUGCUGUGGUUCCCCUUCGAGCGUUCUGUGGUCGUCUACACCUUCGGGGCCGUGCUGCUGUACAUGAGCGCAGCGGUCAUCUGGCCGGUGUUCUGCUUCGACAGCAAGUACGGCUCCCCGCGGCGCCCCGACCUCUGCGCCAAGGGCAGGUGCCCCUGGGACAGCCAGCUGGUGAUUGCCAUCUUCACCUACGUGAACCUGCUGCUCUACAUUGUGGACCUGGCGUACUCCCAGCGCAUCCGCUUUGUCUCGCACCUCUGAAAUGUGGGUCUGCUGCUGCAAAGCCGUCCCAGCGCCGUAAGCAACAGCAGUCGGGGACGCAGCAGGAGACGGGAUGCAGGGAAGGGAGGUGCUGAUCAGGCAUGCGCGCAAGAACCAUCAACCAAACUUCAAGGUCAAGACUGACUGGACCAGCAAAUUAACCACCUGUAGUGGGUGGGCUGCAGCUGAUGCUGGGAAAAGCCCACCUCCCCCAUCGUUCAACAUCUGCCUCAGCCGCCUGGUGCCAGAGCGAAGAAACGACACAGCUCAAAGUAUGCAAAAUGGCCUUUCAUCUCCAGGCGGCAGAAAUGCUUGCUGCAACAGCGGGUCUGCAGGCUACUGGAUUACUGAGCCAAAUAUUAGGAAAGACACCAAGGAUUUUGAAACUGUUACCAACGCUUAACCAUAAUCAAGUGACUACCCAGGAAGUGGGAAAGUUAAAAGCUGCAUCAAGGAACACCAGUUCUGGAGAUGAAAAACAAUCCCUUAGAGUUUGGGUUAGUUUGGGCUGUGUGGUGAGACAUGAAAUGCUUGCAAGUGUGGGAAAUUCCAGUCGGGAUGUUUCUGAGAAGAACAUCAUAGCUGUAAUAGUAUUUUGAAGAUUACCAGUCCUUUCCCUUCCUCUCCUCUCCUUCGCUGUUUAGCAUAGAAAAAGAAUAUCCUCAAGCAUGCACCUUGGAGAGGGGAAGCAUGGGAUAUUCCUAUUUAGCAAACACUGAGUCAUUACAGAAAUGAAAAUUUGCAAAAUCGGGGCUCUACUGCCAAGAAACAGGGUGCAGAACAGGGCUGAAAUGCAAAAUAACCCUGUGUAACUCGACAUCCUCGCUCGAGCAGGACCAGAAGGUACCUUGGCACGUGCUUUGUCUCGGUUCAUAUGCCACCGUUUCUUUAUACUGAUGUCAAUAAUUUUUUUUUUUUUUUCCUGGAAGCUUAAAGAUAAAUUCUGGGGGGAGGGGGGAAAGGGAUGCAGAGAUGAUUUGAUCUCACAGCGCUGCAUAAAAGACCAAACCUGGGGGGGGCACGGACGGGACAGGACACGACAAAACUUGCUUACAGCGGUAACAAAUUGGGAGCGCUGCCUCGGACCAGAUCAGGCGCUAGGAUUCCCGAGCUCUUUGAGUCACCAACGAGCUGCAUUUCUCUGACCCAUCCCUGACAAAACACCCACUUUGAAGUCCCACAUUGCAUAGCUCAGAUUUCAAGCUUAAUAGGAAGAAAUGUUCUUCAUUUCUGAUCCAGCGAGAAACCAAAGCAGUCCGAGUACUUGUGCAGAAAGCAUGCAGACUAGAUAGGUUUGAUUGAAAUCUAAAGUAGCUGACUGUCAGAAGCAAGAUUUAUUUUUUAACCAAAUUAAAAUAAAGCUGAAUGGCAGACUUACAUACUACA